AUGUCCCGGCCACUUUGGCCGGCCUUGGGGAGCUCGGGGGGCUCGACUGGCUCGCGCGCCCGCAGUUUGAUGGCCGUGGCAACCUCGCAUCCACCGGCGCCAUUUGCGAUGGUGAGCCAAAGGCCACAGGGAGCACCCUGGUGGGCCCUUUUGGUGUCUGGCUUGGGCCUGGGAACUGCUGUGGCACUGCUCCUGCGGCUGCUGGCCUGGUGGAGGAGCUACCAGAAGUUCCAGUCCCGCCCACUCCGCGCGCUGCCGCGCCCGGACGACCGGCCCGCCGACGCGGCGGGGGGUGGCCGCUUGCAAGAGCUGGUGGCCCAGUGGCGGAUCCACGCGGAGGAGACACGGGAGACCACUGCGUCCCUCCGAAAGUCGGUGGAGCAGCAGCAACGGCUCUACCAGAUGGUGGCGACCGACUUCCAACGGAAACUGGAUGAAGCUUCCAAGAGGAAGCUUGGCACUUUGCGCAUGGAGGUGGCCCCUGAAUCUUUGCAGCAGCUGCGCUCCUUGGUCUCCUGCAAGCAGGGUGGGCCCAGCACCUCCGGCGCACCCAGCGCCAGCGCGGCCUUGGCGCCCAGCACUGGUGCCGGGACACCGGCGCCGGAGGCAGAGGCGGCGCUGCAGCGGCUGCUGCGGACGAGUGCUUCGGAGGCUGAGGCGAAGCGCUCACUGCAGACCUUGUCAAUGAUCUUGCAGAACUUGUUGAGCCAUCCAACACAAGAGAAGUACAAGGAGGUGAGCGCCAGCAGCGCCCGUUUUCGGGAGACCUUCGAAGCAUCGGAUGGCGCGGCUGCAGAGCUGUUGAAGCUCGCGGGCUUCCAGCAGGAGGGUGAGAGCUUCAAAUGGCUGAACGGAAGCGGGCGAACGAUGGAAGCGUCGAAGCUGCAAGAGUUCUUGCAGGAGGCCUUGAGGGAGGAGCGCUACAAGAAGGAGGACAAGCCCAGCCCCAGAAAAGAAGACAUGGCCUCCAUGGAGGGCAUGGCGCCAUGGGCUUCGGCCAUGGUCCAGGAGCCUCGAACUCGGCGACUGUCCAAGUUCUCUCGGUACAGCGUUGAUGAGACGGACUUUCUCAAGAAGAAAGCGCAGAGCUUGCUCCCAGAUCUGAAUUUGGUUCUGGAACGCUUGCGCAGUGGCAACGAGGGCCUCUCGGAGUCGGAGAUGGAGCGCUACGGCGCCGCCUUUGUGCGCUUCAAGGAUCCCGACGGCCCCGAGUUGCACAAGGAUGAGCUGCCCAGUAUGUUGUCCUUCUUGGGCUUCCCCAACACGGACCCCGAGAAGUGCCGCGAGAUCGCGGACGACUGUGCAGACUAUGAAACCUUUGAAAAGUCGGACUUUCUGGAGUUCAUGGAGAAGUGGAUCGCUUGGGAGCGGGAACGGUACAAGGAGAUUUUUGCGUCGUAUGACGAUGAUGGAAGUGGUUUUUUAGAUACGACGGAGCUCAUGACAUUUGUCAGCUCCUUGGGUUUCACACCGCUUCGCAGCAUGGUGAAAGAAGCGUUGGACCUGGUGGAUAUGGAUCGCAAUGGCUUGCUAGACUUUGAAGAAGUGGUGCUUCUCAUGCAUUGCUACCGGCAUUCAGAGGGUUUCACCUUGGAUGAGUUGCAGACGAUCACUGCAAUAUAUCAAGAUGUGGUCGACCAAGUGUCGCGCCGGCGGGAAGGUACCAACCUUUUACCGGCCGAAAUGCUUGGCGAUGUGCUAGUACAGUUUUUUGGCCCAGCUCAAGCUCAGAAAGCCAGGGAGAUGCAACAGGAAUGCAUCGCCCGCAUGAAUAAGAGAGAAAGCAAUCGCCCCAGCUCCCAGUCGCAACACGCACGGCCGAAGACCACCUUCGGCAUGGGCUUUCAUGAAGUCCUACUCUGGGCGCGGCGCCUACGAGAGAAGGAGUUUGAGAACUAUCGCGAAGCUUUUCGGAAGUUUGACGAGGAUGGGAGUGAUUCCAUCGACAUGGACGAGCUGCAGAAUGUCAUCAAGACGUUGGGCUACACCAUGACAAAAGCGACCAUCAGGGAAAUCAAGCAGGCGGCCUUCGCACGCACUGAUCUCGAUGACAUGUGUGCUCGGACCUCCUCCGAAGUGCUAGAUUCUGAAUGCAUGGACUACGACUCCUUCGUUCACUUCAUGAUGAUGCUGCAACAGUCGGACGGCUUCUCCUCGGCAGAGAUUCAAGAAAUCAAGGACACCUUCAAAAAGUUCGACGAGGACGGCAGCGGCGACAUCGACGUGUGCGAGCUCCGGGACAUGCUCCGCUUCCAGGGCCACGCCGCUUCGAUGGACGAGGUGCGUCGAUUGCAUUCGAGGGUCGACUUCAAUGGCAGCGGUGCGUUGGAUAUGGCGGAGUUCAUUCGCUUUAUGCGCCUCUACCGCGAGGAGAUGUUGGAGUCCGUCCGGAAG